AUGCGGAGUGUGUUAAUGGUGGCUGAAAAGCCAUCUCUCGCGAGUUCACUAGCUCAUAUCUUGAGCAAUGGACAUUGUUCGAGCAGAAAAGCUUUAAAUGGCGCAUGCUCUGUACACGAAUGGCAAGGUAAUUUCCGCCAAGAGCAAGUUACCUUCAAGAUGACAUCAGUGUGCGGCCAUGUAAUGUCUCUUGAUUUCAUAAGCAAGUUCAACAAUUGGGAUCGAGUCGACCCGGUUGAGCUAUUUACAUGCACAACAGAAAAGAAAGAAGCCACUCCAAAAUUGCGCAUGAACCACACUCUGGCUCAAGAAGCCCGGGGUUGUGAUUUUCUAGUACUGUGGCUUGACUGUGAUAAAGAGGGAGAAAACAUUUGCUUUGAGGUCAUUAAUGCUGUGGAAGGAUUUCUUCGCAGAAGUGUGACUGUUCCUGAUGUGGUUUGGCGAGCUCACUUUUCUGCGAUUACUGAUAAAGAUAUUAAGGAGGCAAUGGCAAAUCUUGGCAAACCGAAUGAAAAUGAAGCUCGCUCCGUAGAUGCAAGACAGGAGCUGGAUCUUCGUAUUGGCUGUGCUUUUACUCGUUACCAAACUAAAUUCUUCCAGGGGAAGUAUGGAGACCUGGACGCAUCUUUAAUUUCUUAUGGCCCUUGUCAAACUCCCACUUUGGGUUUCUGUGUACAAAGGCACGAUGAAAUCCAGACAUUCAAACCUGAGCCUUACUGGGUUCUUCAGGUGGUUGUGAAAACAAGUGAAGGAAGAGAAGUAAGUCUUGAAUGGGAUCGAGUCCGAUGUUUUGAAAAGGAAAUUGCCCAAAUGUUCCUUAUGCAGGCCAAGGAAUUUAAAGAAACAUUUUGCUCCAAAGUGUCCGUCAAGGAAAAGGCGAAACAACGUCCCCAAGCUCUGAAUACUGUUGAACUAAUGAGGGUAGCGAGUUCUGGACUUGGCAUGGGCCCUCACCAUGCAAUGCAAAUUGCAGAGCGCCUUUACACACAGGGCUACAUUUCAUACCCUCGUACUGAAACUACACAUUAUCCUGAAAAUUUUGACCUUAUUGGUACGUUGAAACAGCAGCAGAGCAGCAGCGAGUGGGGAGCAGAGGUGAGAGAACUGCUUGCAAAAGGCAUCAAUAAGCCUCGCAAAGGAACAGAUGUGGGAGACCACCCCCCCAUCACACCAAUGCGAUCUGCCUCCCAAUCUGAGUUAGAUGGUGAUGCCUGGCGCCUCUAUGACUACAUAACAAGACAUUUCAUUGGAACUCUUUCACAAGACUGCAAGUAUCUAAGCACAACGGCAACCUUUGAUAUGGGUAGCGAGUCAUUUUCUUGCACUGGGAAGACUCUUUUAGAUCCCGGCUACACUGUGGUCAUGCAUUGGCAGGCUCUUGGAAAGAAUGAAACUGUUCCUAACUUUGUUGAAGGGCAAAUUUAUGAAGUACAAGACGCUAGAUUAGCUGAGUGCCAGACCUCGCCCCCUGACCAUUUGACUGAAUCCGAGCUCAUUACUCUGAUGGAGAAACACGGCAUUGGCACAGAUGCCUCCAUCCCUGUCCACAUUAACAACAUCUGUGUGAGGAACUAUGUCAGUUUAGGAUCAGGGCGGCGCCUCAUUCCAACCACUCUGGGGACUGUCUUAGUUCAUGGUUAUCAAAAGAUUGACCCAGAACUUGUGCUGCCGACUAUGCGGUCUGCUGUAGAAGAACAACUUAAUUUGAUUGCAGCAGGGCGUGCAGACUUUAACGCUGUUCUUCAUCAUACCACUGAAAUUUUCAAACUUAAGUUUCAAUACUUUGUCAAGAAUAUUGAGGGAAUGGACAAUCUAUUUGAGGUCUCCUUCUCUCCCAUAGCAACGACUGGUAAAGCACAUUCAAGGUGUGGGAAGUGCCGCCGUUACAUGAAAUAUAUUCAAACAAAACCUUCUCGUCUCCACUGUGCCCACUGUGAUGAAACCUUAAAUUUGCCUCAAAAUGGAAACAUUCGAAUUUACAAGGAACUGCGGUGUCCUCUGGAUGACUUUGAACUUUUGUCAUGGUCUGCCGGCAACAAAGGCCGUUCAUACCCUUUCUGCCCAUACUGUUAUAACAAUGCACCAUUCCGAGACAUGAAGAAAGGCAUGGGUUGCAAUAGUUGUACCCAUCCAAACUGCUCUCAAGGAAUGUAUAGCCUAGGAGUAUCUACAUGCAGUGAGUGUGACGGAGUGAUGGUUCUGGACCCAUCAUCCGCUCCCAAGUGGAAACUAGGCUGCAACAAGUGUGAUAUCAUUGUCCACAUUUUUGAAGAUGCUCACAAGAUCACUGUGGAGGAAGCAACUUGCGAUUGUGGAGCUCAACUGGUUAAAGUUGAAUAUCGUGAGGAUAGAAGCAGAUUGCCCAAGGAAGCCACGGAAUCCACUGGAUGCCUCUUCUGCUUUGUUGACUUCAUUCCUUUGGUAGAAAAGCAUCGUGCCAUUACCAGAACAGUAAGCAACAGAGCUCCUCGUGGUAGAGGCGGAGGGGGAGGGGGAGGCCGUGGGCGCUCCAAGGGCAAAGCUCGGCCCCCUAAAGACAAAAUGGCCCAACUAGCUGCAUAUUUUGUCUAAUGUGUGUGGUGUGUGUGCUCUUAUAAAUUUAUAGCUGAUUUCAAUGACUGGUAUUCAAAUGACUUUGUGUCUGCACCUGGUUUGGCUAGGUUCAGGAUUACAAUGGGAACAUCAGUAGUGUUUAGAUACCUUUUGUGGAACUUUUUUGACUUUUUAUGAACCAUUGUUCUUGAAUGUUAGAAUACAUAAUAUAUCUUGUGUAUCUUGUUUUUUCUAAUUUUGAUAUUGUUUGUUUGAUUGUGACCUAUUUAUUUAUUUAUGGAUAAAUUUUGUUAUGUAGAUAUAUACUACAUGAAUCCUUGAGAUAAGCACUUGGUCCGAACUCUGCAUUAUGGAGUUGCCCUGCUAUGUGCUAUGUGAGUGCAAUGUAAUCCAACCAAUGUUUAGUUUUGUUUUACAAUAUUAUAUUUUGGUGUUAAUUGGCACCUCUGGUCGGUUAGACUACAGUGUGCAACAAAUUUUAUUUCUGUGAAGAUGCGCCUCGCGACCCACCGGAAGGGUCUCUUGUACCUUCAUCUUGGAGGAAAAAUGUUCUUCAAUAAUAAUCAUACAACACCUUAUGGAUCAAUUUUGUCUUUUAUUAACUGCACAUACAGAUGUCAACACUGAAGAAAUCUGUCAUACAUAGUGGUUGUGUCAGGCUUUGCUCUCCCCAUUCUUGUGUUGUAACAACUUUCAACAUAGUUGAUAGGUAGGUUGUAUUCAAUUUCUGUUAAUGCCCUAUUUUACAUGAACAAUCUUUCAGUUUGCAAUGUAUAACCUGAUUUUUUUGGACUGUUUCUUUCUCUCCUUUAGAGUGAUACUAACAGAGAUCUAAAUCUUUCCUUAAUCUGCUCAAUGAAAUAAUUUUUUGAGUGCCAUUUAAAAUUAAAUUGAGCUUGUUCAUUGAAAAGAAAAUGAUUUGAUAGCUAGUCACGGAAUUUUGUAUGAUGAACUCCUUAGGGUAAACUUUAAAGUAAACGUAUCUUCAGAUAUGUGCUUGGAUAAUUGUAACACCAAUUAAAGAAAUGAAGAUGAAUUAUACUAAGCUUUGAUGUGAAAUUUGAUUGGAAAAACAGUUGUAUUCUGAUAUGUAGGUUUUAGAGGUGUGGUUUUCAGUGGUUCACUAAUAUAUGGAAUGCAAUGUGUUAUAGUAAUUACGUACCAAUUUUCUGUUCAUAACAAACAGACAAUAUUUAAGGAAAGUUCUAUCUUCAUUUCUGAAGUGCAUUAACUUACUGCAUAAAUCAUGCCAUGCAUUUGCAGAGUCAUUUUGAACAAAUGAUAUAUAACAAACAGGCUAGCAUUUUUCAAAACUUUUCAGGACUCAUACUGUUUUAGGACUCAUAGAAAUACAGUGAAUUGAAGGUUUUGUCUAUUUUCAACAAAGUGUUUCAAAAGCUUAAUUGUUUCUCCCUUGCCUUGUUUUGCACACUGUGCCAAACUGUUUCUUGUUUACUCAUCUUCAUGGUCCCACUAAGAUAGUCUUCUUUGCAUAAAAUAGACAAGUACUAUUCCACCCUUCUUAUGCGUUUUGUUACCUCAUGGUAUAUCUUAUCUUUUGAAAGUAAAGACAAGACAGCAACCUCAUUUGUACAAGGUUCCUCUGCAAAUGCCUAUCUUUCCUUGUAUGUUGUAAGACAAAUUUGUAAUAAGUACAAAUCUUUUAAAGAAUGGCUGGUUCCUUGCCGCCUGCAGCCUGCAUCUAGGACACACUCAAAACCACUACUAUGUAGUUUUGCAAUCUUUUCAACAUCUUCCAAUAUUCUAGAAAUUGAUCUGAUAUCAAUGUAAGUGUCCAAGAUCUCUUUAAUAUAAAUAUUUCAAUUUUUUUAAGA